AUGUGUCGAUCCGGCAAGGCCUCCACCGAGACGGAUCCUCGAUUGCUCACUUGCGGCGAUGCAGGUGAAGUACUCCUCUACAGCCCAAACAGCAUACCUGGCGCUCCUCCCUUGCAGCGCCUCCGAGGGCAUCAUGCCGGUGCCUACUGCAGCACGUGGCUGUCAGCCAAGAGUUGCGCCACUGGCGGCUUUGACCGUCGGGCCUUCCUUUGGGAUUUGCGACAGCAAAAACCUCGUGCGGCGAUGCAGACACGGCAACACGUGUAUUCAAUGGCGGCAGUUGAGAAUGACCUGUUCGUUGGCCUUGGGGAAGGUUGCAUCGCGCAGUGGGACCUUCGCUUCGGCCCACCGGUGCGGGAGCUCCGUGGCCAUGGCGCGGCAGUCGAAGCUUUGGCCGUGGUGCCUGGAGCCCUGGCGAGCGCUGGCUCCGAUGGAGUGCUACGCCUUUGGAGCCGACAGGGGGAGCCAACGUGGCAUUUCUCCACCCGGGGCGCGCUCACCUGCAUGAGCACCGUGGCAGAAGACUCUUUAUUGGUCGGAGGCCAUGGCUUGCCUCCCACAGCGUUGUCCUUGGACUAUGACAAGGCCAUUAUGCACGUGCCCAAAGCCUUGAAACAGAUGAACCUUCCCAGCAUGAGGAUGGAUUUGGAUGGAUGGGAUAUGGUAGACAUACUGAUCUGCGGAGGCGUCGCAGGGCAACGUUGGCCAAGACCUCCGAGUCCUGUGAGGAUGGCUUCUACCCAGAGGAGAGAGGUACUUUUGACCGGAGUACGAAGCAGAAGGCCGUACCAUUGGGAGCCACCGGUGCAUCACACCGUGCCUUCUUGUGGCUUGCCGAUGUGCCCAAGGUGA